AUGGAUAAUCUUCCUUUUUCGAAUAAUACUGGCAAUGGCGCUGGCGCCAGGCACAGACAUCGUCCUAGCUGUAAAGUGAAUGGGGAACCAAUUGUAUCUUGUCUAUGUCCUCGAUGCAUCGCCAAAAACCUUGCUCAUGAUACCAAGGCCUUUAUCAAUACCAAGGCUAAGCUUUUCUUCCGAUUCUCGCUCCUUUCUAUCAUCUAUUGGCAUGUUCUAGGAUACAUUGUGGCUGUUUCAACACUCCUGCGCAAAGACAGCGAGCUGAUCUUUCGCCGCAAGAAGUACCUUCCUGGUGCACGAAACCAGUGGCAACCAAUUCUUCACAAUGACAUCAAGCCAGAGAAUAUUCUGCUGCGCUGGCCAUCGAGGUCUCCUUCCUCUUCAUCUGAAAACACAUAUUCAGAUAUCGUCUUUGCAGACUUUGGCGCUGCAGGAGUGGAAUCGCAGACCAGAGGCCUCCGAGGCACAUAUGUCUACGUCGCCCGAGAAGUUCGAGAAGCCUUUGAGAAUUCUACCUUGCUGCUUCACCGUCUCUGUCUAGCAGCUGUAGACAGUGUCACCGACAGUGUUGUCUUGACAACCAAAUCUAAUAUAUGGGACUUGGGUGCUGUCAUGAAAUUUCUGUUUUUUGACUUCGACAGAGGGAGAGAGGUGGGAAAGAGUGCGAAGAUAAGGAGAGGGAGUCAAAGUGGGCGGAUGCGGGUGACAUCUAUGGAAAGAAGAUGGUCUGGUGGGUCAGGAGGUGUUUGGCUCACAGGGCUCUGGGCAGACCUAGUGCGAGGACACUUCUGGGUGUGA